AUGGUCGAUAACAUAGAGACAUUAGAGAGUAAUGAGGGGGAAAAUGUGACGGAUACGUCAGCGGAUUCAAUUGCCAAAAAAAAUGCGGGUCAAAGCUCUUUCAUUGGAGCGUUGAGUGCUGGUGGGAGGUCAAUGGUGUACCAAGCGACGUCUUUUUACUUGAGAACACCAAUGAAACUAUUUAGACCUGCACGAUUCGAUUACCUUCAUUAUCUGCGAGUCCUUCUCACCGGUGAGAGUAAUGACGGCGACUCAGCCAAGCGGGUGGGCUCGAGAUAUGCACGUUGGCCCUGGAUUCCGCGAUAUACUUAUUACAUCGAAAACUCCUCUCUCGGUUUGUUGGGUAAAGGUCUUGACAAGUACGGCUGGCGAGUGAUUCCGGAUCGUAUUUUACCACCCUUAGUCGCUAAUUCUGCAGCUGGUGUCGUGCUGUACACCACCUAUCUGAGUACAUUAAACAAACUGUCUUCAGACAAGAAUUCUAGACAUCCUCGGCCCUGGGAUGUCAUACGAGCAGGGUUUGCAGCUGGUGCUGCACAAGCCAUUGUUUCAGCGCCCAUUGAUGCCAUCUACACAAGAUCCUCAACUAACGAACUACUGCUGAGUGCCAAGACUCACAAUAAUCUUUGGGUUUAUGGUUUAAAUAAACUGAAGGAAAUUGGGCUUGUCGGCUGUUUCGGAGGGUUCGGCCUUUCUCUGGUCAAGGAAUGUCUCGGAUUUGCGGCGUACUUCUCGGCAUUUGAGCUGUUGCGAGGCCAAGUAAGCAACGGCUUCAUCAAUUUUCUGGAAAGGUAUCGCGAACUCAAAUUCUCUGUUGACAACUCCAAAAUCAGUCGGUUUUUUGACGAUGAUGAGAGUGAAGAUGCGGUUAAUAAAGCUUCAAUACCACCAACAACUUUCGUGAGUAUGCGAGAGGAAGCAUGGAUUCACAAAGCUUUUGUGUUUGUUGGAGGUAUUACAGCUGCGUUCUUACUUCAAGUUGUCCAGUUUCCCUUUCACAAAAUUCAGCGAAUUCACUUCUCCAGGUUAGAGGCGUUUGACAUGUCGAACAUGGGUCAACGUGGCGAAAGAACCCAACCUGUUCCAUUGAUUUCUGAGACAAGAGCGCAACCAUUAACUCGCAUUACGGUGUUUCCAAAGCAUAGGCGCCUUUUCCGCAUUUAUUACCACUCUUAUUUGGACACAUUCCAGCACAUUUAUUUUAUUCAUAAAAACACUGAUGCAACCUAUCGAUGGUUGUAUAGAGGAUUUUUGAGAAACACUAUUGCCCUUAUACCAGGAACCACUGCCGGCUUAUUGUUGCUCGAAUAUUUGAGGAGCAGUUUAAGUAACAAUAUGGCGGCAAUACCUUAG